AUGGCGAUCUCACACAUGCCUGUUCGGCUUUCUGUACGCACUCAGAAUGAGGGUGCUCAGACUCCUUGCUCGACCGUGCUGCCUGGCCUUACUCCGCCCGUGACCCCCACUGUCGACGAUGACAGUCUCUCUGGCAGCGAGGUUACCGUACAUUCCAACUCCUCCAGCCCCCUUCUCUCCCCGGUGGAUGCAAACCCGGAGGAAUCGAUCAAGGAUGUCUCUGAGCCGAAACAAUUCACCGACAAUCUAGAGUAUCAAUAUGAUCCCAAGGGACGUCCGGUCGAAUUUGGCCGUGGCGUCUGGAGCGUUGUCUACAAAGCGUCCUCUUUUCCUGCCGUCAAAUCGGGUCUUCUGACCCCUCCGAGUUCCCCAGCCUUCAAAGGCCGGGUGGUGGCUGUCAAGUCGCCUGUGAGACGGGAUGCGCAUUCCGUCCUUGAUGCAGAAGCCCGCGCACUGACCCAAAUCAGCCGCGUAGCAGGCGCGGAGCAUCACAUUGUACCCUUCCAUGGGUACAUUUCCGAGUCGCAUUCCAUUGUUAUGUCCGCCGUUCCGCUCGCACUGUCGACCUACAUUCAGGACAAGGCCGCCACUGCACAGAAGAAUCGAUCCACGCAGACCAUGUUCGACCCGGUUUCAGGUAUGGUCCAGUGGCGCGUCUUGGCUGAGAAGCUCAUCGCCGGCCUCGCCUGGUUGCACCGGGGACCGCAAAUGGUGCAUGGUGAUAUCAAACCCCACAAUAUCCUACUGCGAUUACGUUCACCCGGCGGCCAAGAGCUCGAUUUGGACUCGGACUCGUUCCCUUACGAGCCGCUGUUUGCCGAUUUUUCGUCUGCGCACCCGAUUGCGAGCCCCUCCUCACCCGAACAGUGCAUGGGCACAGCCCUAACCGCGCUGACGCCGCCAUUCGCGGCUCCGGAAUUACUCUGCGUCUCCUCCUUGACGUCACCGGACGUCGCGCCCACCCCCGAAUCUGAUGUUUUCUCUCUGGCCGUCAGUCUUCUUGCCGCGGCCACUGGCGAUCUUCUUCUCUAUCCCGGCGCCAGCAAUUUGCAGCGCCUGGCCAUGGCUCGCGAGGGUCAUCGGGUGAUCGACUUUGCCCGCUCGGGCCCUAAUGGUUCGCGGGUUCCUCGCGCGGGAGUUGUCGAGCAGAUUAUUAAGCCUGCCAUCGCCAAGGACCCGAGUCAGCGCGUCUACCCGGCUGACUGGCUGCAUCUCGCUGAAUCCGUUCAUUGA